UUCUACAAACCCAGUCAUUGUGGCUUGGCAACAGAACAACACUGGUUAAUUCCAAUUAGUACUGCGAGCACAGAUUUUUCAUAGCAAAAGGGGUUUGUAAAAGUCAAAAUGGACCCCCCACUGACAGAGAAUAAAGAAAAUGUAGAGAAUGGAGGAGGUGAGGACAAGAAAAGCGAAAAAGACGCAAAAAGUCCAGCAGGUUCAAGAGCUGGCUCCGCCAAAUCUCAGAGAAGCCAGAAAAGCAAUGGCAGUCAGAAAGGAAGGAUACCAUCUCCCAUCAGGUCAGCUAAAGAUAACCCUGCAGCUGACAUGAGGAACAUGAGAAGGAUCAUCGCUGAAGAUCCUGAAUGGUCCUUGGCUACUGUCCCAAUGUUGUGGGAGCUAUGUAUCAAACAUAUAGUGGGAAACUUUGAAUAUAACUCCAAAAUCCUUGACAAGCUACUGCCAAAGCAUAAAACAAAAGUGCUUGAGAAAAUUUCAACAGACUUGCCCUUGAAAGUCACAUCAAAUCUGGUGGAGGAUGAAGGUUACUGGAAACGCUGCUGCAAGGCUAGAUGGGCUAUCUGCGAUGUAUCUGCCUAUGGGAACAACUGGAAAAGAAUGUACUUUGAGCGUAACUUGCAGGAUAUCAUCGAACACUUUGUUCCAGAAAACACAGACCCAGAAGAGUUGGACAGCACUCUUCCGCUUUCUGCAAAUUUUGUGAAAAAGUUAGACAUUCGUCAACUGCUACCUCCUGUAAAAGAGGCGCCGAAAGGGUUUGACGAUGAUGUCUCUGAUGCUGGGAGUGAGGCUGGGGAUGGCCCUGAGACAGACCAUUUUGAUUUUGGACCAGUCCUCCAGAAACUGCCCUUGCUGGAAGAGUUUAGGGUAACAUAUGGAGUCCGAGACUGUGGCAUGAACUUUGACUGGAAUUUAUUUCAGUUCACAGCAAGGGAUUGCCUGCUGUUAUCAAAGUGCAUCGCUGCUUGCAAGACCCUCAAGGUAUUAUGUCUACACAGGAGUAAGGUUGAUGAUGACCGUGUCCGUGUGUUGAUCAGUCACAUUCUUGACCAUCCGUCUUUAGAGGAACUGGACUUGUCACAUAAUAUCAUUGGGGAUAGAGGGGCUCGUGCUGUGGGCAAGUUUAUCAACAACCACAGCCAGUUAAAGAUUCUGAACUUGUGUGAUAAUCAGAUAAGAGCUGCUGGCGCUCAGGCCAUUGCUCAUGCCUUGACCAAGAAUACCACACUUCACAGUCUGAACUUGCGUCUGAACCGCCUUGGGGAUGAAGGAGGACAGGCUGUGUGUAGGUCCUUGAUGAAGAAUUCCACGCUGAAGGAAAUCAACCUGAGUACUAAUGAUAUGACAGAGCCUACAGCGGCUGUGCUGGCACAGGUCGUCAUCCAGAACACAACCAUCAAGUCCCUGGAUCUCUCCUGCAAUAAACUGGGGGCUGAUGGUGGCAAGCAGCUCCAGGAGGGCAUGGAAGAAAACAACACCAUAACCCACAUGGACCUCAGGUUUACUCAGUGUGGCCAGGAAUCUGAAUUUAUCAUCAACCAAAUUCUGGCCAAAAGCCAAGACAGGGAGAGAGAGUCCAAAGAAAAAAACAUGAAUGAAGUAAACUCCAAGAAGUAAACGCCAAUCGGACUGGGAAAUGAGACUAUGAAAAUUGAACGCUAAAGGAUAAAUAAAUAAAUGUACUUGGAGAUUAAGGGAUAAGUGAACAUUUUAGGAUGAGGGAUAAAUCAGACAAACCCAUUUAUUGAUCAUGGAAUAAAACCAAGACCCAAGAGAUGCUUCAUUUGAAAACUUAUAUAUAAUAGCACAGGGUCGUAAUAUAUCAAAUAUCUUAUGCAUAUUAUAAAAUAAACUACUGUUUAAAAGUACUUGAGUGUCAUGAAAUGUUCUUUUACUAUAAAUAUUUGAACUGUGAUGUGUACAUAAUAAGAAACAGUUUGAUCUGAUUGUGAUCAUGAGCUUGAUGAAAUCAUGUCAUUAGUGAAUAUAA